CAGAGGCGGGCGGCUCGAGGGGGGCGGGUGCCGCUGCCAAUCAAGUGGGCACCACCAGGAGGCGCUCGCAGCAGCACUGCGCGAGGCCGCUCUGGAGGAGGAGGAGACGCGCAGAACUGAAAUGGCGGAGACAGCAGACAGAAUGGAGGUUUCUUCCCAGGGUGAGACCUCUACAAAGACUCCAGCCGAGGACAUGACCUCAAAGGAUUAUUACUUCGACUCCUAUGCCCACUUUGGCAUCCAUGAGGAGAUGCUGAAAGAUGAAGUCCGCACCCUCACCUACCGCAACUCUAUGUUCCACAACAAGCACCUGUUCAAAGAUAAAGUGGUUCUGGAUGUGGGCAGUGGGACGGCUAUCCUCUGCAUGUUUGCGGCUAAGGCUGGAGCCAAGAAGGUUAUUGGGAUUGAGUGCAGCAGUAUAUCUGAUUAUGCUGUGAAGAUUGUCAAGGCCAACAAACUGGAUCACAUUGUGACCAUCAUCAAGGGGAAGGUGGAGGAGGUGGAGUUACCUGUGGAAAAGGUGGACAUUAUCAUCUCUGAGUGGAUGGGUUACUGCCUUUUCUACGAGUCCAUGUUGAACACUGUCAUCUAUGCUCGGGACAAGUGGCUGAAACCAGAUGGACUUAUAUUUCCUGAUCGAGCCACUUUAUAUAUUACAGCUAUUGAGGACAGGCAGUACAAGGACUACAAGAUCCACUGGUGGGAGAACGUGUACGGCUUCGACAUGUCCUGCAUUAAGGAGGUGGCCAUCAAGGAGCCCCUGGUCGACGUGGUGGACCCCAAGCAGCUGGUCAGCACCGCGUGCCUCAUCAAAGAGGUGGACAUCUACACAGUGAAGGCGGAGGAUCUGUCGUUCACGUCCCCAUUCUGCCUGCAAGUCAAGAGAAAUGACUACAUCCAUGCAUUGGUCACAUACUUCAAUAUCGAAUUCACACGCUGUCACAAGCGGACCGGCUUUUCCACUAGUCCUGAGUCUCCGUACACACACUGGAAGCAGACUGUGUUUUACCUGGAUGACUAUCUGACAGUCAAGACAGGAGAGGAAAUAUUUGGCACGAUUAACAUGAAGCCAAAUGUCAAGAACAAUCGUGACCUGGACUUCACCGUGGACAUUGACUUCAAGGGCCAGCUGUGUGAGGUCUCCAAGACAUCGGAGUACCGGAUGCGCUAGGCGGGGUGCUACAGGGGUCAUCGCUGUACCAUGUGGCCCACAAGCGCUCCCGUGUGCCAUUUUAAGGACACACUGUGCGUGCGUGUGUGCAUUCACUUUGUUUGUUACAUUUUAUUUCGGUUGACAAAUUUUAAAGUUUAAGUUUGUGGCUGUGGAUUAACUAGCCUGCGGAUGCUGCUGGAGUAGUCGGCGUGUGACAUUCUGAAACUUUUCAGGCUGCCCUAUCCCUUCCGUCACAUGACCCUGAAGCCCACAGGCUAGUAUGUGUGCACACAGCAGCCAUCCUAUAGUAUGUACAAACUGACACGCGUCGGCACACACCAGCCCUCCGAGUCUCAACUGUAGUAUUUCUAUAAGCUUCUUAUUUCGGUUUAGAUACCAUUGUAAUGUGUUGAGAGCCUGUUGUCAUGGCAAAAGCCCAGAAUCCCCCGUUUUAAAAGGCUGCAGUCUUUUCACAGCAGAUCGUCCCUAGUUCCUGUGGAUGUACCUGUCCUCUGUGCUCUUAUGAAUUCCUUUACGGUUUAAAUAAGGAGGGUUUCCUUUACAUAUUUGGUGGUAGGCUGACUGACUUGGUUCCUGUCCUGUAGGGAAUGUCUUUCAUCAGCUAGCUGCUCAGUCAGGAUCAUGGUUCGCUGUGACAUUUUCCUGCCGUCAGGGCUGAGCUCUUCUGUUAAGUGGCGAUGCUUAUUACAGUUUUUCUGGUGGUCCAGCAGAGGGAGCUGUAAUUAAGCUUUUUUUUUUCUUUUGCAUGUCAAUAUGAAAGUUAUCUGCUGCAGAUUCCUGUGAAUUGCGUGAAACAGUUAAACUGCAGUGCUUAUCAGAAUUUGCAGCGAAUCUUCCAGCAUUGAAAUGCACACCUGCAGAGCGGUUGCUCAGAGUUUCGAUGUGCGUAAUCAAGGCUGUAAAGGCCUGUGUUGUACGUCACGCAGUCAGGAAAAGGAACCCAGGUAGCUGGCUUGGGCUACAGCAGAUGUCAGGAGUGCAUUAGCAGGUGUUUGAGGAUUGUGUUGUGGAGGAUUGUUCUGACUGGACCCCUCCCAUGGAUGCUUUUUUUUCCACAAUAAAAUAAAAAUAACAUGCUUUGCCUGGACUUAA